AUGAUCUCAUUUAGAUUGAAGAAAAUGAUCAAAGUGAGCCAGAAGCUUAAAUAUUGCUAUGAGUGCAACAAAGCACCCAUCAACGGUGAGACGUUGCUAGAAUGCGCUAACUAUCCGCGCUCAUUCCAUCCACGCUGUUGUUGCUACCCAAAAGUGACACCGGAGCGUAGAAAGAGAUACAAUUCACGGGAGAUUCAUCGUUUUGAUACG